GAACCAGACAUAGAAAUAGAGAGAGAGAGAGAGAGAGAGAGGUUCUUGCAGGCUUCCAUGCCCGAACACAACAAGUUAAAAGACAAAGUUCCCCAAAAAAGGAAGUUCGCGAGCUUCAACCAAGUCCAUCUCCUUCGUCUCUCUCCGGUGUUCCCCGGGAAACUCUCCCAUCGAUCUGACACACCCAGGUAAAGGGUAAAUGUAUCAACCGAGAAGUGUCCCUAGCUCAAGUCUAGUCGGCAGCGACUCUUUUACUGAUGGCCAGCAGUUAGAUUGCGGGGCCAGUGAAAUAGUGCCUUUCAAUGGAGGAAAUAGUCUCAGCAACAACCCUAAUCUCGCAUCAAAACACCGGCUUCGUUGGACUCAUGAGCUUCAUGAACGUUUUGUUGAUGCUGUGGCACAACUCGGGGGUCCUGACAGGGCCACUCCUAAAGGCGUGCUUAGAGUGAUGGGUGUUCAAGGUUUAACAAUAUACCAUGUCAAAAGUCACUUGCAGAAGUAUCGACUUGCAAAAUAUCUACCGGACUCUUCUUCUGAUGGAAACAAUGUUGAGAAGAAAGAUUCAGCAGAUAUUGCUUCAAAUACAGAUGGUUCAUCUGGAAUGCAAAUAACAGAAGCUCUCAAACUUCAGAUGGAGGUGCAAAAGAGACUGCAUGAGCAAUUAGAGGUUCAAAGACAGCUACAGUUACGGAUAGAAGCGCAGGGGAAGUACUUGAAGAAGAUCAUUGAAGAGCAGCAACGCCUCAGUGGGGUUCUUGCAGAUGGUUCUGGCUUGAGUGAUGAUUGCCUGGAAUCUGAUAAGAAGACUGACCCAGCAACUCCUGCUCCAACUUCUGAGUGCCCGCUUCAGGAGAAGGCCUCCAAGGACCAUGCCCCAGGAAAGAGCCUCUCAAUUGAUGAAUCGUUGUCUCCUCAUCAUGAGCCACAGACCCCUGAUUCUGGGUGCCACGUGCGAUCUAUUGCCGAGAGCCCUGAAAGAGAGAAGCCAGCGAAGAAGCAAAGGCUAACAAAAGAAGUGGCAUAUGCCACAGAAGAAAUGUUUCCCCCACAUCCGAUACUUGACUCAGGCUUGAACUCCUCCUACCAGCAAUCGCAUCCAGCUUUCCUGACUAGGGAACAGUUUGAUCCCUCACUGGGGAUUUCGAUUGCAACUGGUGAUCAACUGAGGAAAGUCUCCAGUGGUAGUCUAUAAUUUUUUUGAUGCAUGGAAUAUGCCAUCUUUAGACCUUUUCUUUCAGCCUUGUAUGUGUAAUUUAUAGAGAGGAAGUCUUUGAACUUAGUUGAAAUAACAAGUUUAGAAGCUUGUCUUGUCUGACUAAAUUCUGGAAGGUCUGUCUUAAUGACUGUUUUGGCAAUGAAUGACUUCAGUUUACAUUAUCGAA